AUGAAAUGCGCUUUUUUUAGGAGAAGAAUGAAAAAUUAUUUGGUUUGCUUGUUCUAUUGCAUAUAAAAAUAUAUUCGAUUGGAUCGGGAUUUCUUUGUUUUGGAUUGUUUGAUUAGGAAAAGGAAACAAAAGAGAGAAAGAAAGAAUUUGCAAAGAAAGAUCAAAGAAAAAUAAAUUUGUAUGUUAUUUAAAUAAACAAAAUCAAUGAAAAGAAAAAGAUAUGUUUCUUUUCUGAGCUAAUUUAUUAAAUUUUCAUGCAAUUAGAUUUAUUAGUCUAAAAGUAGCAUGUCGUAUCAGUUAAUAAUUGAUAAAAACAAAUUUAUGAAUUUGAUCAAGCGAUUUCUAUCGUAAAUGUGA